UUCGUUUGUUCCACAAACAACAAUAACGAACUGGUAACUGUUACAUGUAUAGAGGGACCAUGGAAUUGAAAUAUUUGAUAUUUUUUAUUUUCCUCAUUUCCUUGGUAGAUAACAGUGGUUCCAGAAUUUGCUGCUCUAAAGUUGGGAUAUGUCGAAAUUGCAGAUUCCCUUUUGUGAAAUUGCCUAGAUUACCCAGGAAUUUGUUUAGACUACCGGCUUCUGUUUUUAAAAGACGUAAUAAAGGAUGCAGGACUUUGCAGCAAUGUUUACUCAUGCAACACCACUUAAACCGACUGAAACUUAAGCUACUUCAACAACGGAAAGCUGUUAGAUCGACUCAGCACCUCUUGAAACCUGCCACCGUAAAACCUGUUCAACCCAUGGAACCCAUUCAUAUAACUAAACUGUUGGGAGCCACGCCCGAUCAAAUGCCGCAUGGACGGUGAAGCGACGCCUGGUGACUUGUGCUGUAUCGUUUAUACUAUGGAUAAUAGACUAUUUGUUAAAAAGUUUUUUAAAAUGAAAUAUUUCCAGUUAA